GCGGCGCGGGGGAGAUGGCGGCGCGCGGCGCGCGGAGCCGCUUCGCGGUGGUGGGCGGCGGCAUCGCCGGGGUCACCUGCGCCGAGAAGCUGGCCAUGGAAUUUCCAUCAGAGGAUAUUCUUCUAGUGACAGCAUCUCCAGUUAUAAAAGCUAUAACAAAUUUCAAACAGGUCUCUAAAACACUUGAAGAAUUUGAUGUAGAGGAACAACCAAGUUCUCUACUGGAAAAGCGGUACCCUAAUAUUCAAGUGAUACAGUCUGGAGUAAAACAAUUGAAAAGUGAAGAGCAUAAAAUUUUGACCGAGGAUGGGAAGGAGUAUAUGUAUGAAAAGCUUUGCCUAUGUGCUGGAGCAAAACCCAAAUUAAUUCUAGAAGGAAACCCAUAUGUAUUAGGCAUCCGGGAUACUGACAGUGCACAGGCUUUUCAGAAGAAUUUGGCUCAAGCGGAGAGAAUAGUAGUAGUAGGAAAUGGUGGCAUUGCACUUGAAUUAGUGUAUGAAAUUCAAGGCUGUGAAGUAAUCUGGGCUAUCAAAGACAAAGCCAUUGGGAAUACGUUUUUUGAUGCAGGAGCAGCCGAAUUCCUCAUUCCCAAGCUAAUUGCUGAAAAACGAGAGACUGCGAUAGCAUGUAAAAGAACCAAGUAUACCAUGGAAGGAAAAGAGAAAAAAGAAAGACCUGUGGCAGCACCUGACGAACUGGGCAGUGCCUUAGGCCCUGACUGGCACGAGGGCUUACGCCUCAAAGGCACUAAAGAGUUUUCUCAUAAAGUACAUAUUGAAAUAUUAUGUGAAGUAAAGCAAAUAUUCCUGCAACAAGAAUUUCUACAGCUGAAACGGACUUCGCUGACUUUUCCUAAGGAAGAGAAAAACGUAGCAGCAGAUGAUGUUCUGUGGCCUGUAUAUGUGGAAUUAACUAAUGGAAAAAUUUAUGGAUGCAAUUUCAUUGUCAGUGCAACUGGAGUUGUGCCAAAUGUUAAACCGUUUAUUGAUGGCAAUAAUUUUGCUCUAGGUGAAGAUGGAGGACUGAAAGUGGAUGAACACAUGCACACAUCCAUAGCAGAUAUAUAUGCGGCUGGGGAUAUCUGCACAGCUUCGUGGGAACCCAGCCCAGUGUGGCAUCAGAUGAGGCUCUGGACUCAGGCGAGGCAGAUGGGCUGGUACGCAGCAAAGUGCAUGGCAGCAGAUACCCUGGGGGAAUCUGUUGAGCUGGACUUCUGCUUUGAACUGUUUGCUCACGUGACAAAAUUCUUCAAUUACAAGGUGGUGGUCUUGGGAAAAUACAAUGCUCAAGGCCUGGGUUUAAACCACGAACUGAUGCUGAGAUGUACCAAAGGGCAAGAGUACGUUAAAGUGGUGAUGCAGAAUGGAAGAAUGAUGGGAGCUGUACUGAUUGGUGAAACAGACUUGGAAGAAACCUUUGAAAACUUGAUUUUAAAUCAGAUGGAUCUUUCAGCCUAUGGGGAAGACCUCCUAAAUCCAAAUAUUGAUAUAGAAGAUUAUUUUGAUUGAACUGAAUUCCUUUUCUGUUUUGUAUAAAACAGUUCACUCGGAAUUAGCAGAAAUCAGGGAUAAAUGCAAUUCCUUAAUAAGAUUUUGUGUUGAUAUUGUCAAAUACUGAAAGGCACGUUGGAAUAGAGAAAUUGGUGUAGAAAUUCAGCAACAGAAGCAAUGAUUUAGUGUGCGUCUGGGUCUAGGCUAGGUGAGAACUCGCUAAUGGGUAUAAAACUCAUACAAACUACCCUGGGCUGUGCUGUUUUGACAGCACUGCAUUCACCUUUGCUGUUCAAAGAAUGCAGCUAAACCCCUCCAGAAUAGGCGUUGCAGCCAGUGCCUCCCUCAGAGCUAAGUCACUUCUUGCCCACACCAGGCGUGUUCCACCUGGCCGUGACUCCCAGGGCCCCGUUUCCCCCUAAAGUUACUGCCCCCGCGCACAGCUCAGUCGUAGGAAGCUCCGAGUCGACUGUCGUGCCCAGGCCAGGCAGUAGCUUGGGCAGGGAUGUCCCCCUUGUUCAGGUGGUGGGGCAGUUGCACAGUGUGCGUUUUUAGUGUCCACUAAAAAGAACACUUUCUGUCCUCUGUUCUUACUUACAUUGCUGUGCCCAGGGGUUCCAGAAAGGAACUUAAGUUGCAAAGUGGGGUUGAGGUUGGUUGUUUUAAAUUGAACACUCCCUGGAUGUAUGUUUAGAGCUAAUGUAAAAUGCACUUUAAUAAUGGUGAUGCCAUUUAGGUACCUGUGUGUGUGUGUGUGCGCGCGCGCAAACUUGCUUAAAUCAGCCUUAACUUAACAGUUUAAGGUAUUCCUAUCUGUCUUCUCCCUAGGGCACAGUGCCAUUCGUGGGCAUUAAGUUGUUUCGUAUUUCAUAUUACUAGUUUCAAAUCUAAAUGCUACUGGAUUUUUUCUUUGUAAGAAUCAAACUGGGAAAAGAUAUACUGUCUUAGAUACAAGAGUGGAAGGACAUUAUGGACUUUCCCUAGAAGAUAAAAAAUAGACUAAAGUGAGUGAUUGUUUAAAUAAAUGAGUAAAUUCCACUUGACCAAAAGUUUAAGUUAAACGAUGGGACUUUUAGUCUAUGCUUUAGUCCUUUUCGGGAUGCUACCAGGAAAAUAUUUGGUUUUUAAUCCUUUGGUUUGUUUAUAUUUAACUAUAUAUCUAAAUGCUCAAGUGUGAGGAAAUGUAUUUUAGAACGAAACUUACCAGAACUUAAGUUUAUAAGCGGAGUUUAAACAAACUCAUCUAUCAUGCUAAGAUAGGCUAUGCUAAGAUUCUCAAAAAAUGGAAGGGUAGCAGUUAGACUGCUUUGAGUGUCAGCAGCUCUUGAAGUCAACAUUGUCUUUUCUGAAACACUGAUAUAUUGUUAGCAUUUCUGUUACACAUACCCUUAGGAAAGAGUCCUGGAAUCUAAAGCCAGCUCUGGAGUGGGAGGCAAAAAAAACGCUAUGGUGAAUGAAGACUGUCC